AUUCUGAAAGGGAGAAGUUUUGGCGCGCAGACGUUGGCGUGUCCAAAGGCGCAGAAGCAGAUAAAUGCGCAUUCAAGACAAUCCCAGUGUCGAACCGGAACGCCAGGGAGCAGCGCUUUAGCCUCGUCGCUGGGAUUUCGAGGUAUUUGUGAGCAGCAUCGAGCAGCCUACUAUGAAAAUCAGUGCAAAGUCAUCUUUGUUGUGUGGCAUUCCUCCGGAUUGAAUAAAAAGAAAGAACACGGCAGAUAUCAUUUUAAUCCACUUCGGAUUGGUUCUUGCGCGUAACUAAGGAGCCCUUGCAAGACAACGAUUAGAGCCAUUGAGCAAGGGGCAAUUUGCGUAGAGAAGUCGAUUUUUCUUCCUCAGGGGAAACUAUUUAAAAUUAAGGAUUGAAAAACGGAUCCUUCCGCGAAAGUGAAUGGAAAGGGACGAGAUCAACGCCUGGACUUGAGUGAGCUCUACCACAUGAGAGGCGAUGCUUCAGCACGUGGGUCUGGUUUCCCCAAAAGCUUGCAGUGGAUUUAAGCGCCGCUCAUCUUGAACCGGUCGAGAAGUUAUCGAGGAUGAGAGUGCUGCAAACCAUCUUCUUUCUUUGUCUCCUGCACCAGGCUGCGUGCGAGAAAGCGAGCGGGGCGGCGACCGAGCUCAUCGAAUGGGACGAGAGCGACCACGGACAGAAGUUCUCUCCCAGCGGGGCCAGCCCCCGGGUCCUGAACCCCCUGCGGCUCUUCGCCAAGGGGCUCCCGGGGCUCCGCAGCAACACCCGGGAGGUGACGUACCUGGAGAACGUGGAGGACUUCUGGGACUGGUUAUCUAACCAGACAGAUGGGGCAGGGGCACAGGCCAGAACUAAGCGUAGACCCAUGGUGAAAACGGGCAAGUUCAAGAAGAUGUUUGGCUGGGGCGACUUCCACUCCAACAUCAAGACGGUGCAGCUCAACCUGCUCAUCACCGGCAAGAUCGUGGACCACGGCAACGGCACCUUCAGCGUGUACUUCCGCCACAACUCCACGGGCCUGGGCAACGUCUCCGUCAGCCUGGUGCCGCCCUCCAAGGUGGUGGAGUUCGAGGUGGCCCGGCAGUCCACCACCGAGGGCAAAGACGCCAAGUCCUUCAACUGCCGCAUCGAGUACGAGAAGACGGACCGAAACAAGAAGACUGCGCUGUGCGCUUUCGACUCGUCCAAGGUGUGCUACCAGGAGCACACGCAGAGCCACGUGUCCUGGCUCUGCUCCAAGCCCUUCAAGGUCAUCUGCAUCUACAUCGCCUUCUACAGCGUCGACUACAAACUGGUGCAGAAGGUGUGCCCCGACUACAACUACCACAGUGACAUGCCCUACUCCUCCACCGGGUGACCCGCCCUAAAAAGAGAAGAUUUAAAUGUCGAAUUCGAAUAGCUGUUCAUCCUCCCCUCCUCCCUGUGGUUGAUCUGGGAUUCUGUGUGAGCCACUCAACCACGCUAUGACCCACUUAUUCUGAAACCGCUUUUCAUCACUAGCACACGUAUGCGUUUUCUGUAUAUUAAAAAAAGGCUACUGGUAAUGAGUAUACCGUCCAGAUGUUUACGACUGGGGAAGGCCGUAGGCAAGCACGGCCCCGAUUCAGAGAACAGAGCCCGACUCCCGGAUAUUAGCGCCGCUUUUACUUUGGAGGAGUAAAAAAAUAAACAAAUGCAUCCGAUUGUCUUUAACUCAUCAGAGCACAUUUUCUCCCUUGUACAGUUUAACUUCAAAUUUCUAUUUCUCACUGGGUUCCAGUGCUAAUAAAAAAAUAAAAUAAAACCAAAAGUAUUCCGAGAACUGGGUAAUUAAAAACAACAUAAGACACAUUAUUGCCUAUUAGAAUACAUCAUCUAGAACACUGCAUUGUUUUUUUGACUAAUUGGAUUGGCUUGCUACUAAAGUCGUCCAAAGAUUACGCGUACCCUAAAACUAAUCGUACAUUGCAGCGUUGGCAUUUGAGGGAUGCAGUGUUGAGGCACGUGCGUCUCCUUUUGGAAAGCCAACAGCGGAUUAAUGUGUCGGGAGAGGUGUAUGAAAGCGAUAAUUGCAGGACAGGUGGAUUUAGUGAGACUGGCAGAUAAUUAACAGCACUUUGUCAUGGUCCUUCUACCAGCCCUGACAUCACUUGUCUUUAAUAGGUUUUAAUUAGAGCGCACAUUCUCAUUUACUCAAUGCCAAAAGCGAGCAAAGGCGAAAGCAGGAAAAAAAAUAAUGCAUUCAGAAAGUAGAAUCAGAAUGAUUUAUGGACCUUGCAUAAAUAGGACAGGUAUCGCGUCAGCACCAGCCAAUACUUGUGAACGAAACGUAAAAUAUGUAAACUGGUUAUAUUGGGUUUCGAAUUUUUCCUUCCGUAUCCAUGGGUUGCAAUCAAUCACGUCAAUAAUUGAUGUAAAGAAAUUUACCUUUUUGCCCUAUAAGUUGUAUGUUCUUACAUCUGUAAAUGCUACCGUCAGAUUAUACACAUAAAGCUGUAUGAUGAAAUACCUGAAUCUCUGUUUAUCUAUGUUGGUGUUUUAAUUCUAUCCCCCCCUUUUUGUGAAAAUGCCGUAUGUUACCUUGACGUAUGCAAUCUUGAUCCCUCUAAAUCCUAAGCGUGUUGAAAAAUGACAUUAGAGUUAAAAGAUGUUAGUUUUAUUUGUCCCAGAGAAAAUAAUAUCGAUCUGUAAAACUGUUUACUUUAAUUCUGGUGUUUGUUAAGCGAUAGUUUAAGUCGUCCAUUGAUAUUUUUAGUGAGUGCUUUAUUGAGUUUUUAUGUAAACCUUGGGACUACACAGUUUCUUUGCAGAUUUAUCCACUUGUGAUUUGUUGAAAGUUAUUUUCCUUCUGUAAAAUACGCGUAACCCACUGCUGUGUGUAUAGUGUAAGUAAAAAUGGUCACUUUGGAAUAUUUAAUAGGGCAUUUCUUUUGGUAAAAAAUCGAAGUUGUUUGUAAAAGAUCAGUUUAGGUUUUUAAAGGCAUUAAAAACCUUAUUUAAACUUUCAA